AUGAAUGCCAUCAUUUGGAAUGUGAGAGGUGUAGCUAGUGUAGCUACUCGUAGGUGCCUGAAGAAACUUAUACAGCUUCAUCAGGUUUAUCUUCUAGUUCUAUUGGAGCCUUUUGUUCUGCGGCAGAAUUUUGCAUACACACGACGCUAUCUGCGCUUCAACAUGGGAGCUCAGAAUGAAUCGAAUAAGAUCUGGUUUUUCUGGAAUUCGGGGACUAAUGUUACUGUUAUUGUUGAUCAUCCUCAGUUUCUUCACGUUAGAGUUGAGGAUCCCAGACUAGCGCGUGCUAUCUAUUUGACUCCAGUCUAUGCGUCAUGUGAUGCUACUAUUAGGAGAGAUUUGUGGGCGGGUCUUCACCACAUCUCCCUCGAUAUGGACGAUCCUUGGCUAGUUGGAGGAGACUUUAAUGUUAUUACACAUGAUGGAGAGCGCACUGGUCAUAAUACCCGUAAUCGUGGCACUACUGCUUUCUCUGAUAUGAUGUUAGACUGUGGUUUAGAGGAUGCGGGUUUCAUUGGAAACCGAUAUACUUUGACCAAUGGUCGGGUUAGAAAGAGAUUGGAUAGGGUACUUAUUAAUUCUACAACUGCAGCUUUUUGUCGACAGCUUACAGUGAGACACUUGAAUCGGACUUCAUCCGAUCACUCUCCUUUACUGCUUCAGUGGGUUUCUGAUGAUGAUUUGGGGCCUAGACCGUUCAGAUUCCUCAAUCGGGUGCGCGAUACUGAGGUCGGGGUUGAUGAGGCUGAGAUAAUAUAUGAUAGAGAUCCUACACCGGAGAACCGUAACUUACUACAUCAGGCCCAGGCAGUUUUGAACUGGACCUUGUCUAUUGAGGAGGGCUUUUGGAAGCAAAAGGCCGGUUCACGUUGGGCAUGUGAGGGUGAUCACAAUACUCGCUAUUUUCAUGCGAUGGUUCAGGGGCGUAGGAUCAAAUCGCGUAUCAGGUCUAUCAGGACACAGGCAGGGGAGGUGUUAUCUACUCCUACUGAUAUUCAGACCUCGGCUGUUGCUUUCUACCAGGAUCUCUUAUCUGCUCCUCCACAACCCUUGGACCACAUCCAUUCUGAUGUCAUUCCGAGGCUAUUGACGGUGGACGAUAAUCUGGCACUAAAUCGCCCCCCUUUGAUUCAUGAGGUAUGGGAGGCAGUUUUCAGUAUUGAUGCUGACAGUGUCGCUGGUCCGGAUGGCUUCUCAUCCCUAUUCUUCCAGCAUUGCUGGGAUAUCAUUCAGGAGGAUGUUUACAGGGCGGUAUUGGAUUUCUUUGAUGGUGGUCAUCUUCCACGGGGUUUUGCUGCUACUUCUAUUGUCUUGCUACCCAAGAAGGAUGGUGCUUGCAGAUGGAUUGAAUUUAGACCAAUCAGUUUAUGCACAGUGUUCAAUAAGAUUAUUACUAAGCUUUUGAACACUCGGUUGAGUACACUGCUACCGCGCAUUAUUUCCUCUCCACAGAGUGGUUUCAUCCCAGGCCGUCUGUUUGGAGAUAAUGUUUUAUUAGCUCAGGAGCUUCUCUACACUUUGGAUGAUAGAGUGCAAGGGGGAAACACUAUGCUGAAGUUAGACAUGGCUAAAGCAUAUGAUGGCAUGGACUGGGGCUUCAUUUAUUCUGUAUUGGAGGCAUUUGGAUUCAAUCAGAUCUGGAUUGACAGAAUCAGGCAGUGGGUUUCGGAGUGUCGUUUCUCCUUACUCCUAAAUGGCAGCCCAUGUGGUUUCUUUCCCUCCUCACGAGGACUCAGACAGGGUGAUCCUAUCUCCCCAUCCUUGUUCAUCAUUGCAGUAGACUACUUCUCACGCUUGCUCACUCAGAGGUUUCAGCAGUAUCCCAGUAUGUGUUAUCGACAUGGAGGUAGUGCUCUUGUCUCACUCUCUCAUUUGCUGAUGAUAUGA